UUCGCUGCUCACUUUCAAAAUUCCUCCCUUGAGCCUUUCUCUUCUCUCUUCCUCUCGUUAAACUCCUCCGAUGCCAACUCUCUGAUCCGAUUAGUUACCCGAUUCCUCGUUUCCCAAAACCAAUCCACUCUAAAAUGUUCUGAAUCGGUUGCAUUUCGCUUCCUUCAGGAACUGCAAUUGGAGCUUGGAAUUUGGUACUGAACUGAAGCUAAGUUAGCUUUGGUUAUGCUAGUAACACUCUGUAAUUGAAAAGUACCUUCUUUUUUUUUUUCUCAAUAAAUUUGAUGGGUUUUUCAGAAAAAUUUAGGGGUUUUAGAAAGUGGGUACUGUUUUAAUUUCUUUUUGUUGGGUUUCUUGACUGCCUGGGGACUGGGUUUUGAUCAAAAUUGUGAGGGUAAAGAUGUUGGAGACACAGCUUUAUUCUUCUCGGAUACUUGCUCCUUUUCGAGAGGAAAGUGGUGAUGAAGAGCUCUCUGUGCUUCCUAGACACACCAAAGUCAUUGUCACUGGAAACAAUAGAACAAAGUCUGUGCUGGUUGGUUUGCAAGGCGUGGUCAAGAAGGCUGUUGGUCUUGGGGGCUGGCAUUGGCUGGUUCUGAAAAAUGGUGUUGAAGUUAAGCUGCAAAGGAAUGCAUUAAGCGUGUUGGAACAUCCUACUGGGAACGAAGUGGAUGAAGAUAAUGAUUUUGAUACUAGCAGUGGCUCUGACAUUGGUGAAAAGGACCAUGAUUUCUCUAGUGGCAGUGAGUUCCAUAAAAUUAGCAAGCCAAGAGUUCGUUCAAUGAGGCCAUGCAUUCCAUUAGCAAAGUCAACAAGUCGUAGCAGUUACAGAGAUGUUCAAUCAAUUAUUCACGCCCCCCAUCAGAAGGUGCAAUUGGCAAAACUAGGAACAGAAUCAUUACGGAGAUAUUGCAAGCGAUUCAAUCUUGCGGGCAUCCAUUCUGAUUCAUCAAGGGAGCAGAUGCUUAAUGCUGUGCAACAACAUUGUGCUUCACAGCAACCAUUAGACGAGGUGCGAGUGAUUGCAGAAUUCACGCAUGCAGCAAAGAGAUUGAAACUAGCUGAAAGAUCAAUGGAAUGAGAUUUCUGAAUGUGCUAGGCCUUGUAUAAUUAUAUGCAUAUACACUCUAACAUCUAGAUUAGGUCUGAUCAUAUACUGAUAUGGGAGAAUGGUUCAUUAGUGAAUGAUGCAGUAUCUCCUCUGAUUCUAACAAUGUAACAUUUGGCUGAUGUCUAGUUAAUUUCCAGUAGAUAUCUGAUUAAGAUCGAUUAUUAGCA